GUGUGCUCGUCGUGUUGGUGUUGUUUGCCUUAUCCACCUGUGUGUCAUGUCGGAAACUGGUGGCGCUAGGUGGCGUUGUAGGCUCUCAGGUUGCGCGUGAGACUGAAGCGUUACAGAUAAAAGAGUCUACAUUCGACGGUUUCGAUUCGUUUGUGAAAAUGUGUGGAGAGCAGCUCGAACUGACACAUGUGCAGCUGUUCUGCUGAGUGUGGCCUUGUGUAGAACAUUGUAUUGGCACAGUAGCUGUUGCUUCAGUACUUCAUUAUAUAUGGUUCAGCGCCUGUUGGAGCACUUCAGACAAACUGGGGUAAACAGCUGCUAACCUCAGUCCGUUUCAGCGCCAGGUUGGAAUAUCUCUUGCAGUCACGUCAAUGGCCAUGAAUUCCUUCAGUACAGCACCAGAAGGCUGUCCUUCCUCAAUAGACCCCCGCUACUAUACACUGUGUGACUUGAAGGCAGUGUGGGGCAUUGUGGUGGAGGCAUUUGCCAGCGCUGGGAUUUUGACUUCCUUUUUGCUGCUGCUUGUCAUGGUGUCAAGCCUACCCUUUGUUACUGACAGAAGAAGGAAGAGUGUGUUGGCUCUGCAAGCCACCUUCUUGAUUUUCAGCUUGGGCCUCUUUGGCUUGUCCUUUGCUUUCAUCAUGGGACAGGACAGCACCACCUGCACAGCAAGGAGGUUUGUAUUUGGAGUGCUAUUUGCAGGUUGUUUUGCAUGCCUGCUGAUGCAUAGUCUGUGGUUGGCACUACUGGAUCAGCAUAAAAAAUGCCCAAAGGGAUGGCUGUUCUGGCUGGGAGCUCUUGGUCUUUGGCUGGUGGAGGUCAUUAUCAACACAGAAUGGAUGACAAUUACACAGAUGCCGCAAGACAAUUCAGCAGUGAUCAGAAGCGUAUGUGAUAUUACCAAUAAGGAUUUUACCAUGGCACUUAUUUAUGUCAUGGUACUAUUGGUUGCUGUAGUACUAAUGGCUGUGCUAUCAAUGACCCACACGCACAAGUCAUUCUGGCGAGAUGCACUCUACAUCCUGUUGACUGGGCUCCUCUCCUUUUCUAUUUGGUUGGUUUGGAUUGUGAUGUAUAUUCAUGGCAACAAGAUUUUACAACAUUCCAACUGGGAUGAUGCCACACUGGCCAUAGCUCUGGUGUCUAAUGGUUGGGUUUUCCUCUUGAUAUACAUCAUUCCUGAGAUCUGUGCUCUCACCAAAGACAUAGAAGAUGUGGAAAUAAGCCUUGAAGGCCAACAUUGCUUUUCAAGUAUUAGAGUGUAUGAGAACUUCCUGAGAGACCAGACAGAUAGCCGACAGGGCAGUGGAAUGGAAAGUAAGACGUUCUCAAAGCAUGAGUUUGAUACAGCAAAGAAGCUGAUAUCACCCUAUAGCGGAUAUAAUGGGCAGGUUCGCAGUCGUGUGUACCAGGCUACUGAACUCGCCAUCAUAAGUGAGGGACCAAUUAAUGAAAUCUCCCAUGAGGAAGUGCUGCCUAGCGCAACAGCUCCACCUCUGGUUCCAGGCAGCAGCAGUCGUCUGCCUAGAGAUAACCUUUGUCUCCAACAGGACCCACUCCAGAAGUAGUGCACUAAUGUGACUAUUGGACCAUUCUCUGGAUUCCUCUUAUUCGCUGUGUGGACAACAUGUGUAUGGGUCCUUUUCUUUUCAAACUUUUUGUUUAUUGUAUCCAUCCAUUUUUCAUCAACCAUUCAAUGCUGUUGUUAGUUCUUUGCUUUUCUCUACAAUAAUGAAUAACAAAUGUAUUUUCACUCUUUCUAAACUUCUAAAAAUUAAGAAAGGAUGAUUUUACCUAAAGCAGAGGGGCCCAGGCUGUUUUUUUUUGAGGGUCCAAAGUGUAAUGUUUAUGGUGAGGACAAACAAGACAAAAUAUUUACAGGCUAAUAGAGUGUACCUGGCUGUGGUGGAGAGAAAUGAAGAUAAUAAAAUCAAAAAAUAUAUACACAAACUCUGAUUGGCUGAGAGAUUGUGGGGGUUUAAGUACUUCAUAGGUGUGCCAAGUCAAAUGUGCCAGUAAUUAUUAGUGGUAAAAAGGAUCAUUCAGUGCUAGCGGUCACAUGCUGACAAGUAUUAUUAUUAUUAUUAUUGGUGUUGUUUUUAUUUAGCAAUAAUAACAGUUAUAAUAAUGGUAUUUUAGAAUAAUGGUGUUAAAAUCUGGGUUGGGGGCAGUUCAGCUGAGGAGCUCAACUUGUAAUUCAUAUUUACUUAAGUAUUUACUGACAGUUCAAAGCAAUUAAUUCAUUCAUCUUGUAGCUGGACAGCAAUCUUAAACUGAUUAUACCUGAAUUGAUUGAACUGGCCCCAUUCCAGGAUUAAAAUAAAAGCAUAUUUAUUUUUCUACACAUGUCUGAGGAUAAUAUGUAACUUAUCUGUGAUGUUAAUUUUCAUAUUUUUAAAACUAAAUAAUAUAUAGAUGUAUGCAAUGAUAUGAUUUUUUCUGAAAAUAGUUCACAUCUUCUACAGACAACACACUUCUGCACAUUUUGAUUUCAAAUAUUGGGG